AUGUGCAACUUUUCCAUUGACCAGGGCCUUGUGAAAAAUUGCCAUGUUGUUAUCAUCAGCACAGGUCAUCACCUCAUCACAUUGUGCAUUAUUCUAGAUGAUGUGCUCUCCCAGCAUGCCUCUGAUGAUAUCCUCAUUCCCUGCAUCAUGUUCACCUCCACCCUCCACUCCAGCCACACCCUCCUUUGCUGCCAGUUUCCUUUGGCUCCUGCCUAUGCUACCACCUUCAACAGCUGCCAGGGCCUCACAUUGGAUGCCAUGGGCAUUGAUCUAAUGAGGCCUGUUUUUUCUCAUGGGCAGCUGUACACAGUGCUGUCAUGUAUCUGCCACUGCAACCACACUCACAUGCUACUCCAGCCAGGAGGGAAAAUUACCUACAAUGUCAUGUUCCCUGAGAUUCUCCUGUAA